GGCUGACUUUCCCAGCAGCACGUGAAGCUUGUGCAGUAGCUUUGUGGAUUGAUCUCUCUUCCGUGUAUAAUUAACAGACUCUUUUUCAAUCUGGAGCUUGAGGCUGAUUUAUUUUCCUGCUUUUCGAUUUCUGUCUUCAACCAUUCUUCUCAUGUUAUUAGGGAUGUCAACUUUUAUUACCUGCUGCCAAUCCCUUUGCAAAGUGAGAAGUGAACUGAAAUUAAUGCAAGUCUACCGUGUGAUGAUAGCAUUUGAAGACCUGGCUGUGUACUUUACCUGGGAGGAAUGGCAGAACAUGAACAAUGCUCAGAAAAUCCUGUACAGAGAUGUGAUGCUGGAGACCUACAGCAGCCUCUUCUCCUUGGGGCACUGCAUUACCAAACCUGACUUAAUCUUCCAGUUGGAGCAAGGAGAAGAGCCAUGGAUGGUGGACAAAUGCUUGAAUCAGAGCCUUUCAGUGGUCAUGAAAAUGGAUGACCUGAUUAAGAUCAACCUGGAAAGUCAGGACAAAAAUCUGAAUCAGGAUUUUAUGAAAAAUAACAAGACAUCAGCUCACAAGAGAGUUGAAUUAAGAAAAACCCUUAGUUUAAAUUCAAGCCAUAUUCCAACAAUGAUUAUUAAAAAGGGAAUCUAUUCAGGAUUGAAGCCUGAGGAAUGCAAUAAAUGUCACACUGUGUAUCCCCACAGUGGGCCUGAUCAACUACAGGCUGGAGAGAAAUUUGAUAACACUAAGAUACCUGGAAAAUCUCUCCAGUUCUGUGAGCCUCUUAGUCAGUAUGACAAUAUUCACAUCAUGAAGCAGCCAUUUGGACCCACUGGACAAGCAAAAGUCUUCACAAGAAAGAUGUUCUGUAAAUCUGAGAGGGUUCAUAUGGCAGAAAACUGUAAUAAAUCAACUGUCACUUUUGGAAAAGCAACUCAAAUAGAAAAAGCUAUCCAUGAAAAUUCUAGCCUCAAUAUGCAUCAACAAACUCACACAAGAAAGAAAUUUUAUAAGUACAUUAAGUAUGUUGAACCUGUCAUUCACCAGUCACAUCUUGCAAUAAAUCACAGACUAAAUACAAGGGAAAAACUUUACACAUGUAACCCUUGUGGAAAAUCACUCAGUAUUAAUUCACCUUAUGAAUGUAAUGACUGUGGAAAAGACUUUGGACAAAAGUCAGUCCUCAGGAAAUGUCAACAAAUUCACACAGGAGAGAAAUCACAUGAAUGUAGUGAUUGUGGAAAAGCCUUUACACAAAAGUCAUACCUCAUAAACCAUCAGCGAAUUCACACAGGGGAGAAACUUUAUAAAUGCCUUCAUUGUGGAAGAGGCUUUCUGUGGAAGUCAGCCCUCAUCAGACACCAGAGAAUUCACACAGGGGAGAAACCUCAUGAAUGUAAUGACUGUGGAAAAGCCUUUGGACAAAAGUCAGACCUCAUCAUACACCAGCGAAUUCACACAGGGGAGAAACCUCAUGAAUGUAAUGACUGUGGAAAAGCCUUUGGAUGCAAGUCAGACCUCAUGAAACAUCAGCGAAUUCACACAGGGGAGAAACCUCAUCAAUGUAAUGACUGUGGAAAAGCCUUUGGAUGCAAGUCACACCUCAUCAUACACCAGCGAAUUCACACAGGGGAGAAACCUCAUGAAUGUAAUGACUGUGGAAAAGCCUUUGGACGCAAGUCAGGCCUCAUCAUACACCAGCGAAUUCACACAGGACAGAAACCUCAUCAAUGUAAUGACUGUGGAAAAGCCUUUGGACAAAAGUCAGGCCUCAUCAUACACCAGCGAAUUCACACAGGGGAGAAACCUCAUGAAUGUAAUGACUGUGGAAAAGCCUUUGGAUGCAAGUCAGACCUCAUGAAACAUCAGCGAAUUCACACAGGGGAGAAACCUCAUAAAUGUAAUGACUGUGGAAAAGCCUUUGGACGAAAGUCACACCUCAUAAACCAUCAGCGAAUUCACACAGGGGAGAAACCUCAUAAAUGUAAUGACUGUGGAAAAGCCUUUGGACAAAAGUCAUGCCUCAUAUUACACCAGAGAAUUCACACAGGGCAGAAACCUCAUGAAUGUAAUGACUGUGGAAAAGCCUUUGGAUGCAAGUCACAACUCAUCAUACACCAGCGAAUUCACACAGGGCAGAAACCUCAUGAAUGUAAUGACUGUGGAAAAGCCUUUGGAUGCAAGUCACAACUCAUCAUACACCAGCGAAUUCACACAGGGGAGAAACCUCAUGAAUGUAAUGACUGUGGAAAAGCAUUUGGACAGAAGUCACACCUCACCAUACACCAGCGAAUUCACACAGGGGAGAAACCUCAUGAAUGUAAUGACUGUGGAAAAGCCUUUGGAUGCAAGUCACACCUCAUCAUACACCAGCGAAUUCACACAGGACAGAAACCUCAUAAAUGUAAUGACUGUGGAAAAGCCUUUGGACAAAAGUCAGGCCUCAUCAUACACCAGCGAAUUCACACAGGGGAGAAACCUCAUGAAUGUAAUGACUGUGGAAAAGCCUUUGGAUGCAAGUCAGACCUCAUGAAACAUCAGCGAAUUCACACAGGGGAGAAACCUCAUGAAUGUAAUGACUGUGGAAAAGCCUUUGGACGAAAGUCACACCUCAUAAACCAUCAGCGAAUUCACACAGGGGAGAAACCUCAUAAACGUGAUGACUGUGGAAAAGCCUUUGGACGCAAGUCACACCUCAUGAAACAUCAGCGAAUUCACACAGGGGAGAAACCUCAUGAAUGUGAUGACUGUGGAAAAGCCUUUGGAUACAAGUCAGCCCUCCUCAUACAUCAGCAAAUUCACACAGGGGAGAAACCUCAUGAAUGUAAUGACUGUGGAAAAGCCUUUGGACAAAAGUCAGACCUCAUCAUACACCAGAGAAUUCACACAGGGCAGAAACCUCAUGAAUGUAAUGACUGUGGAAAAGCCUUUGGACAAAAGUCAGGCCUCAUCAUACACCAGUGAAUUCACACAGGGGAGAAACCUCAUGAAUGUAAUGACUGUGGAAAAGCCUUUGGACGCAAGUCAGACCUCACCAUACACCAGAGAAUUCACACAGGGGAGAAACCUCAUCAAUGUAAUGACUGUGGAAAAGCCUUUGGCCACAAGUCAAACCUCAUCAGACACCAGCAAAUUCACACAGGACAGAAACCUCAUAAAUGUAAUGACUGUGGAAAAGCCUUUGGACAAAAGUCAGACCUCAUCAUACACCAGAGAAUUCACACAGGGGAGAAACCUCAUCAAUGUAAUGACUGUGGAAAAGCCUUUGGAUGCAAGUCACACCUCAUGAAACAUCAGCGAAUUCACACAGGGGAGAAACCUCAUGAAUGUAAUGACUGUGGAAAAGCCUUUGGACGAAAGUCAGGCCUCAUCGUACACCAGCAAAUUCACAAAAGGGAGAAACCUCAUGAAUGUAAUGGCGAUGGAAAGGCCUUUGUAUGAAAGUCACACCUCAUAUCACACUGGAGAAUUCACACAGGGGAGAAAACCCAUGAAAGUAAUGACCAAGGGAAAGCCUCUGGAUAAAAGUCAAUCCUUUAGAAACAUCAGAGAAUUCACACAGGGAGGAAACCUCAUGAAUGUAAUGACUUUGGAAAAGCCUUUUGACAAAAGACAAAACUCAUAUCACAGCAGAGAAUUCACACAGGGUAGAAAACUCAUGAUUGUAAUAACUGUGGAAAGCAUUUAGCCGUAAGUCAACCUUCAUCAUGCAUCAGGGAAUUCACACAGGGCAGAAACCUUAUGAAUAUAAUGACUGGAAAAGCCUUUGGACAAAAGUCAAACCUCAUAAUGCACCAGAGAAUGCACACAGUGUUGAAACUUCAUGAAUGUAAUGACUGUGGAAAAACUUGAUUUUAACUUCCAACUCCAAAUGAAUCAGAGGAUUCACACAGGGAAAUAACCUUAUAAAUGUAAUGACUGUGUAAAAGCCUUUUUCUAUAAGUUAUAUCAAAACAGAAUUCACACAGGGCAGAAACCGUAUCAAUCUAAUGAGUGUGGAAAAGCCUUUAUAAAUCAUAUGUUGUAAAUCAUAGCUCAUAUCACACCAGAGAAUUCACAUCGGAGAGAAACUUCAUGAAUGCAAUGACUGUAGAAAAGCCCUUGGCAAUAAGUCACAUCUCAGAAUGCAUUAGAAAAUUCACAUGAAAAGAAACCUUUUGGACAUAAUGACUUGGAAAGCUUUUUCCCAUAGUUCAGCCCUCAUUGCACAUCAUCUAAUUCAUAUGUGGGAAAACACUUUGUAUAUAAUGCAUAUGGAAAAGCCUUUAUCCAUAAGUAACACCCCAUAAAACAUCAGAAUUCACAUGGGGGAGAAACCAUAUGAAUGGAAUGAGUGUUGGAAAACUAUGCCAAUAUCACACAAUAUAACAUCGAGAAUUUA